CUCACCAUAUGUCUAUGGUUACAUGUAGCAGGCAGAGCUUGUUUUGCAGGGACAAGGAUUUGCCGAGGCUUCUGAAAACAUGCUGGCUGCCUUGGUGUGUGGAGCUGCGGUGUUUCCAGGGCUUUUCUUCGGCUUCAGGAAGAUCUUAAAACACACCAGGACGCAGUGGAGCGAAGCCGACGUCACCGUAGUCAGUGAGAGACUGCUUUCUGCUGUCCAUGGGUCGCUGGCCACUGCAGCUGGAGUCACAGUUGUUUCAUCUUGCAGGGAUGUGAUGACUGACAGUCACUGGCUGGUGAACAGUUUUGUCCUGUUUGGAGUUCCCUACAUGGUCUUUGACAUCUACGCCAUGUAUCUGAGCCACUUCCACACUGAGAGGAGCAGAGCUGGGUCCAAAGCUCCCAGUGGACACUCGCUGCAGACGGUCAGGGCUUUCCUUCGCAAGGACUGGAUGCUGGUUCUCCAUCACGCGGCCCUGGUUUUUAUUUUCACACCCAUCACACUGUUUUUCAGGAGAGGUUUGGGGGAUUUCUUUAUUGGCUGCAUGUUCAUCACAGAGCUCAGCACUCCCUUUGUCUCCAUAGGGAAGAUCCUCAUUCAGCUGCGCCUCGACGGCACCAAGCUGCAUAAAAUCAACGGCCUCAUCGUGCUCCUGAGCUUCUUCACGUGUCGCAUCCUCCUCUUCCCCUUCAUGUACUGGAUGUACGGCCGGCAGUUCGGCAUUCCUCUGCACCGAGUGGCCUUCCACCUGCCUCUGCACUGUAACGUGGGGAACCUGGUGCUGCUGGCUCCACAGGUCUACUGGUUCAUCCUGCUGCUGAGGAAAGCACAGCGACUCUACCUGAGGCAGAGGAGGCCGCAGGUAGACGAAGAUGUGAAGAAGGCAGACUGAGGAGCUGGUCUGUUCAUUUACGACACUGAGACCGGAAAGCAUGGCUUCUGUGCUUGGUUUUACUAAAGAUUUAUUUGGACUGAAACGUUUUUACAAGUAUUAAGGCCAGUUUAAGAAAAAGAAAAAAAACUAAAUACGAAUAAAGUCGUAUUUUGAAAAUAAAGUAGUAACAUUACCUAAAUAAAGUUGUAGUAAACACAAAAACAUCAGAUUAUUAACCAGUCUUUUGACGUGUAAACAGAUUUUUUCUUUAUCUGUAAAACCAGUAGCAAAAUAUAAUUCACAAUAAUUUGUUUUACCACAGUUGAAAGACUACUUUUUCCAUGUCAGUUCUCCUUAUAGUCAGACUUUUUUUUGGGAAACAUGACUUUAUUCUUGUAAUUUUAUUUUGGUUAAUUUUCAGGUAGACUGAUUAAAAACUUGAAGUCAUGCUAAUGCUAACUACAGGGCACACCUUAACAUGUCUCCAUGGUCAAAUUAUUUAAAAUCUUUUCUACAACUACCGCCAUUUUUGCCUGUGAAAAGUUUCUUUUUUUAAUGAUUCAGAUGAACCAUAAUUCAAAAGUAAUGUCACAUUUUCAUUUGUUAAUUUUCAGUAAAUUCUUCUUAAUUA